AUGGCCAAUAAGCUGCUUUGGGUGACACGGAGACACAACAGCCCAAAGCCAGGUUCGUUGGAGCAGGACGCUGUGCUUGGCCUUGCACGCUCCCUUAUGUCAGAGAACGAGGGCCUUAAUAUCGUGACCCUAGGACUGGAAGGUAUCGAGGCUACUUCUCGCGCAGCACAGCAUAUCCGGGCAGUAUUGCAACACUAUUCCUGUUCUGACGCCUCCUUAUUGAGCGUAAAUGGCGAGGAGAUCUUUGAGAUCGAUGGCCGCCUGUGUUUGAGUCGUGUCUUGCCGACAGAAACAAUAGCCAAGGAGAUCUGGAGCAUGCAGCAAUCCAAGGCCCAUAUGGAUAACGAUAUGCGCAGUCUUGCGAACAAUGAGAUCGAAAUCCAGAUACGCGCAGCUACGAUUACACCAAACAUUACCACUGGCCAACCUUCUUUGGGCCAGGAGAUAAAUGGCACCAUCACCCAGAUCGGGUCAGACGUGCAAGGCAGCUUUCAGGUUGGCGGUCCCGUUGCUGCUAUCAUACCACAUUCUGGCACGGCAUCAAUCAAAGAUCGGAUUCAGUGCCCGGUUGGUCUCGCUCAUAAGAUCCCCGACGAAUUAUACAACAAGGGAGAGAUCGUUCUGCCACUUGAUUUUCUGAUAGCAUACGACUCGCUACACAAUUGCGCGCGGCUACAGGCAGGGAAUUCGAUAAUCAUCCAUGACGGGGCUAGUUCACUCAGUCAAGCCGCGAUUCAACUCGCUCAGUUCCUGGGUGCAGAGGUUUUCGAGACUUUCAAUACAAGGGAAGAGGAAGCUAUAGCGGAUAUGUACUCCAUUCCCGCUUCGCACAGAUUUCCACAACAAGGACAUAUGCUGAUGACGGGAAUCAAACGCCUAACCCACGGUCGAGGCGCGGAUGUCAUGUUCACUCCAUUGAUUGCGAAGGAAUUAGAUCAAAUAGCGUGGAACUGCUUGAAAGAGUAUGCCCGAGUUAUUGAGAUGGUUGACAAGAAUUCACGUACUUCCUCCGGAGCUAUGCCUCCCCGGCCUCGACUGUUCAAACAAAGCUUCAUGUUCGCCCGGCUGGAUAUUCCGACGCUUCUUCAGGACACAGAGAAAAUUGCAACUAUCUUGCCUGAGGUCAUGCGUCUGCUAGAGCAUAAUUCAGUGGUUCCUGUGCAGCCUGUCAGAAUAUUCACCCCCUCUGAGCUUGAAAAUUCCAGUGGUGUGAAGGCUGUCGAGCAAUCUCGGUCAGCCAAGACGUGUCUCCUUUGA